UCGAAGGCGGGAGAGCGGCGAUGGCGGAGGCGGCGCGGAGCCGUGGGAAUUGUGGGUUUUCCAGGUGUCCCAGUGAGGCCGAGGCACCCGGAACCCCCCGGAAACGGAGCCGGGGCUCCCCCACCUCCCACGGUUCCCCCUCGGCUUUCCAGACCCCCAUGAAGAAACGGAUCAAAGCCCUUCCCGAGGGUCCUUCCCCCUCCCAGAAAUCCGGGAAUAUGCGCUUUGCCUCCCAGAUCCGAUGGUCUCCCAGCUCUGGGGAUGAGCUGAAGGAAAACAGGGAUGUCCCGGCAAAACCAGGGAUUUCCAGGAGGUUGGAGAUCUCCCCGCUCCAGGGGGAAUCUCCCAGGAAAUUAUCCCUGAAAACCUCCUUCUCCAAGCCCCACGUGCCUGUGGGGUCUUUUUAUGGCAAAGGGAAAAACUACCUGGAUCCUGUGGAGAGGAAGAAGCUGAAGGAGAUCCAGGUUUUGGGAAUGAGGAGCGGGGACGGGAAUGUCCCAGCUGCCAAAAGGAUGGAGAAGAACAAUGGGAAUUGCGGCGGGAAUUGGAGCGGGAAUGGGAGCAGGAAUCCAAACCCCAGGGCAGCCAAACACGCCCCGAAUCCCAAACGUGGCCAGAGCAUCCCAAAACCAAGGAAAACCAAGGGAGAGCUCCCGGCGGGAAAGCCGAGCGCGGAGAGGGAAUCCGGGAAUUGCCUCAUCCAGAAAAAGAUGGAUUCUCCCUUCCGGGUGCUGAGCAUGAAGGUGAAACCGGCCCUGAAGCUCCAGCUGGGAGCGGCUUUUUUCGCUGCCAGGAAGAAAUCCCACUCCAAGAAAAACCCCGGAGACCCCAAGGCUCUCCAGGCCCUUCCCAAAUCCCCGCGGGAAAACGAGGAGCCGGCGAAAAACGCGGAGCUGGUGGAUGGAAACAAAACCACCCCGGAGGAGAGGGGGGUGUUGGGAAGGAUCCCUGAGCCCCAGGAGGAGGGCAGGGAAAACAGGGAGAGCUCUGGGAAUCUGGGAGAGUCGGGAUGUAGAGGAGAAGCAUCUCCACGGAAAACUGGGAAUGUGUCCUGCACUUCCACGUCUGGAGCAGUGGGAGACAGCGCUGGG